AGCCUCAGUGAAAAAUCUCUUUCCCGGGUGUUUUGGGCCUGUCUGAGGUAAACACUUAGCACUUUUAGCUUGUGAUGUAAACGAUUUGUUUUGUUCUAUGUUUAAAGUUUAUUGACUAGUUAACUUGCUCUUUUUAAUUUCAUUAUUCGCCUGAAGUUUUGGAAGCUAACUAGUUUUGGUCGUGCACCUAGCAUAGCAUAGCAUAGCAAGACAGACAGACGUCUGCGUUCAUGAUGGCACCUGUUUCAGAAGAACACCCGGAGUUGGAGCAGGAAGGGAAACUGAACCAGGCAGACUGCUUGUGUCCUAUCUGCCUUGAGAUCUUCCUGGAGCCGGUCACACUGCCGUGCACCCAUACGUUCUGUAAACCCUGCUUCCUGGAGGCUGUGGACAAGGCCAAUAUAUGCUGUCCUCUUUGCCGAAAGCGUGUCUCUACUUGGGCUAGACUUAACGGCAGGAAGAAGACAUUAGUGAACACAGAGCUGUGGAUGCGCAUCCAGGACGCUUUCCCCACACAGUGUCAGCGUCGCUCAAGUGGACUCGAUGACGAGGAGGAUAUGAGCAUGCUUACACCAAACCCCAGGGUCAGUCAGCCAGGUGAGCUCAGGCGAGAGUACGAGGAGGAGAUUAACAAGUUUGUAGAAGAGAAGCGAGCUCUGGAGGAGGCAGAGAGGAGAGCCAGUGAGGAGUACAUCCAGCGCCUCCUGUCUGAGGAAGAGUAUCGAGUGGAAGAGGAGAGGAGGAGGCAGGAAGAGAGACAGCUGGAGGAUGACGAGAGACUGGCGAGAUUGCUCAGUGAAGAAUUGAAUUCGAGUCCAGUUUUGGAAACUCGGAGCAACAUUAAAGUUCACGAAGCUGCCAAGAAAAAGAAAUCCAAUGUGGGACACAUUGAGAAAUAUUUGUGCCAAGUGCCUUGCACACAGCCACACUACGAGACUAAACAAUCCUCCACUCAUUUGGACAAUAAGGAAAACAUUCUGAACACUCCAGCCUCUAUACAUCCCUCCAGCACUGAACUGCAUUUCUUGGACUCUAAUAGUAAACCUUCUACAUCAAGCUCAGACACUUCAGCGCUCUUCGAGACGUCUAACAGAGCCAGCGUUUAUUCUAAGAGGAAGAGUGUAGAUGGUGAACUGCCUGAAUCUGUAACCUGUAAGAGGCCGUGUAAUUCCCCACCGCCUGCACCACCUGCUCGUGAUUGCAUUUUCUUGCAGGAACUGGCUGAGCAGGAGGAGGUUUUGAGAAACCGAUUACUGCAGGAGGAGGAAGACAGAAGGCUAGCGCUGCGCCUGCAGAGGGAACUGAACCGAGAAAGCACUGUGGACCGUAGAAAAGGUUCUGCUGAUGGGUAUUUGCUGCGAGAGAAAAGCAGCCUUUCAUCCCCCAGCGGUACAAGCGAAGUCGAGGAGAACGAGCCCGGGAAAGCCAGUAUUCCACAUUCUUCAAUACAGAAGGUGGAUGGACAUAAAUCUGGGAAGAGAUCCGGCAGUCAGGUUAAAUGGAAGACGCUUGGGAAUAGCUCGGUUUCCACACAAGUGUCUCCUUUAGUCUCGUCAAUGCAGAGGAGCAGAAAGCAGACCACCCUGACUCAAAUGUUCUCCAGCCUGGAGAGCUGAGCCAGCUGUCUGAACAUCAUAAUCCAUUCCUUAAUUGCCCUUUCCUUCCAUAUUCUCACAUUUUAGCAUACCUACUUCUGUAUUUAGCCUAUGUAGCUCAGUGGCUGAUUUUGGAAGAACAGGGUGAAGGUGGACUGUAAAUACAAAGACCUCUUUCACUGUUUUUGUGAAACUUUAACCAUCAGUUGUCAAAGUUGGCAUGUUAUGUUCUCAAACUGUUAAUUACUGCAAAAAAAAGAUGCAUUUUAUGCAUGUUUCAAUUUUUCUGUAGAUCAGAGUUCGUUAACUUUUUUUUUUUUUUUUUUUUAAGAAAUAAAAGUUGUGAGAAGCUUUGGCCUGUAUUGUCAGGUUUUGUGUUGUACUUAUGGAUAGGAAAGCAACAAUUGGUUACAGUCGAACUCCUCAAACCCUGCUAUUUUCAAUACUCCUCUGACAACGACUCUGGCAACAAAGCUUUCUUUCCAUGCAUGUACAAGAUGACAUUUGCAGCAUAAAAUACUUUUAAUAUAUUAAUUAUAUCUGAGGGCGGCACGGUGGUGUAGUGGUUAGCGCUGUCGCCUCACAGCAAGAAGGUCCGGGUUUGAGCCCUGUGGCCGGCGAGGGCCUUUCUGUGCGGAGUUUGCAUGUUCUCCCCGUGUCUGCGUGGGUUUCCUCCGGGUGCUCCGGUUUCCCCCACAGUCCAAAGACAUGCAGGUUAGGUUAACUGGUGACUCUA